UUCACCACCUGUGACUGUGAGAAAUAAUAUCCCAGAUAAGUGCAAGUGGCGUGUGUGAGAUGCCUAAAAACUAAACAUUUCGCAAUGAGGCGAAGAAAUAUUGUAACUAUCAGCACUACUAGUGAUUCUGGGAAAAACCAGACCGUUGAUGACUCACAAGAUCAAGAAAACAGCACGUGUUCAAGUACUGAUGCAAAUGAACAACGAUCUUUUGGAACUAACGACCUGUCGGUAAAAGCUGAACCAGGCAACGAGUUGAAAGAGAAAAUAGUUAAUUAUGCUGAGUAUGACAAAGUACAAAACAUUAGUGAUAGUGCACUUAAUAAUCAUUCACCAAAAAUUAAAGUAAUAAUGGCUGAAGGUGUUCAUCAAUCUGAAACCCAAGCUUCAAGAGGAGUUCAAGAUUUUCAUCGCAAGUUUCGUAAGAUUCGUGUAAUUAGACAGGCUUUGGAAGAUGAUGAAUUGGAAACUCUCUUUGAAGCAGCAGUCAACAAAUGUGGUCUUGUUGAUGAUGAAAUUCGUCGAAAAGUGUGGCCUAAGUUAGCUGGUGUUGAUGUGUAUGAAACCUCCCCCCGCCCUGAUAGCAAAGUUUUAGAAAUGCAUAAUUACUACAGUCAAGUUGUUUUGGAUGUAAAUCGUUCAUUAAAGCGGUUUCCACCCAGUAUUGAAGAGAAACGGAGGCUGGCAAUGCAAGAUCAGCUUGUGUUGUUGAUCAUGAGAAUUUUGGUGAAAUAUCCAGAUCUUCAUUACUAUCAAGGUUACCAUGAUAUUUGUGUAACAUUUUUACUUGUUCUUGGAGAGGAAAUUGCUUUUAAUGUUAUAGAAAAGCUUUCUACGACACAUUUGCGAGUCUUUAUGGACAAAACAAUGGAGCGAACGAAUGAAGUUUUAGAAUGUAUUUAUCCCCUUCUGUACAAAGUUAACCCAGUUCUGCAUGACUUUCUCCUUAGGUCAGAUGUUGGGGUGAUUUUCAGCCUAAGUUGGGUGAUUACUUGGUAUGGUCAUGUACUAAAUUGUUAUAGCGACGUUGUACGUUUGUUUGAUCUUUUUUUGGCAAGCCAUCCGUGGAUGCCUUUGUAUUUAGCCGCAACAAUUGUAUUGCAUCGUGAAAGUGAAAUUAUGGAUCAGGAUUGUGACAUGGCAUGCGUCCAUUCCGUGCUAUCAAAAAUUCCCGAUGACUUGCCGUUUGAAAUCCUCAUAAGUAAAGCUUUAGAUCUGUUUGAUGCUUACCCACCUGAAGUUCUAAAAGCAGAACAAGAACUUAUCACCAGGCAAAAAAAGCAACGAGAAGCAGAAUUGACAAGACGGCGAUUGAAAUUGAAACAAGUGCAACAGAAGGGUCUUGUUUGUGGAACAAUCUAUGCACUGUGUGGUAACGUUACAGAAUAUUUUUCUGCAAGGUGGACUGUGCCUAUAACUAUGGCAGCAGCUGUUGUAUUUUAUGCAGUGAUUUACCAAUUCUAUAAUAAGUGAGACCAGGGAAAGAGUAGGUCAUUCUAAAACAAACUAAUUUAAUUCAAAACCUCUAAAAUGAAGUAUAUAAGAACUUUAUUUUUUUGAUUGAAAAUUGUCUUAAUUCCAUAUGAUUUUUUUUUUUUCUAAAUUAAUGAUAUACAGAGAUUAUAAACACUAUUUCUGUAUAAACUUCAAAACAGUUGAAUUGACAUAAGUGCUAGACUAAAAAAAAUAUUUUGUCACGAAAAUAAAAUAUUACUGCAUGAAAUAACAGAAAAAAAAGUUAAUAAUAAAUGAUAUGGUUGAUGCAUAAAAUACUCGAGUCUUGAAGCUUUUGUAUAAUGAGAUCCAGAUUUAUAUAUUCAAAAAGUUUUAGCUUUUUUUUUUUAGAAGUUUAUACUUAACAGUACUAGUGACUGCAUGUUAUCUUACUCAUAAUAUCGUCUCGAAAGAAAGAAUGUCACGGUUGUGCAUCUUUAUCGAACUGCUACUUUAUGACAUUUUGCUAAUAACAAAAAAUGAUUUCUUUAGUUGCUUUUUGUCAAACAGUUAUAUUUGGUGUUUUUACAAGUAUGUAUAUAUACAUAUAUAUAUAAGGCAAUGUAAAUAUUACCCACCACAGUAAUGUUCUGCUUGAAAUAUGUACCAUCAGGUGAGACACAAUAGGAUUAGUUCCACAUGUUUUUGUGAGGUUAAAGACAACCCAACCAGUUAUUGUAACAAAAGAAAGAAAUGGUUAGUGAAACUCAAACAUAAAAAAAAACAUACCAGUAAGGGUGGUACUUUAGAAGUAUCAUGGUGGCAUGUGACUUUUCUGUCACCUUUUGAAUGAAUUAACAGAAGAGCAUGCAUUCUGAGACUAUAUAAUGGUGCUAAUAAAUAAUCAAACGUCGCUAACUUUCAGCAUUAAAAUUGAAACUAUAAUAUUGUAUUAGAAGAUACCUAGCAUCAUCCAAUUGGGUUUUCAAAUUAGUUAUGCAGUGGUGGGAAACAGUAUUUUGAUGAAGUUUCUUGUGCGAAAGGCAUGUACGUUACAUUGUUUUUUUUCAAUCUCCAUUUGGUGUUUUUAUCUUUCAAAUGUUUGGGUUUUUGCAUCUGUCAGUAUCAGAGUAUUGUUUUUAUGUUGCUGUAACGCUUAUCUUACUUUUAGUUAUCCCAAGUGAUAAGUGAAGCAUUUUUUUACUCAUUAUUGUUUGUGGCUAGCUUAACAACUGAAUAAUAUGUUUGAAGGCUUUCAUUAUCUCUGUUACAUGUUUAAAGUUGGUAUAAAACAUUUAAAGGAUAACACCAUAGUCCUGAAGAGUAAACAAAUAUAUUUUUAUUUGUAAAGGAUUCAGUAGUGUGUUGGAAAAAAAAAAAGUAGUAAACAUCCCUUGACUGUUUCUUUCUGGUUAUUUGAAGAAAACACUGUACAAUGAAUGAACACAGAAUUUAUUAUUUGUUUGUUUUAAUAUCUGUUCAAAAGAUAUUAUUGAUGUAAAAGUGAAACCAACCAGUGACACAUUUCUAGACCAGCUGUAAUUUUAACCUAAAUUAGGUUGAUUUGAUUUUAGAUUAUUAUUCCUUAGUCAUGAAAUAUAGUGUGAUUUACAUAACAGUCUAACAAACAUGCUAAAGUAUGAAUUAUUAUAAGAUUUUUUGAUGUUUCUCUGACUAAUUGGAUCACAGUUACUUUGUGAUGUUAAAAAAUCAAUUUAACCCAAAAAUAUAAAACCAUAUAACCUGAGUGGUUUUGAAAGGUGGACCUUUUUCAUCUGGGGGGCAAACUGGGAAUUCCGAGUUUACCACUGAUGAAGAAAGAUCCCCCUGCAAAACAUUGUAUCUGUUAGCCAUUGCAUAAUCAUUUUAAGGGGCUUCAGGUGAACUAAGGAAACUUUACAGUGAAUUUUUGUUUAACUUACUAACUUUCGUUUUAUGUUGAAAUGUUUUAUACUAUGUAAAUCUGGUUAUUUAAAUUCUCAAGAUUGAAUUUUGGGUGCCCUUUUUUGUUUAAAUGUGGAUUGUGAAGAGAUAAGUUUUAAGAAAUACCAUAGCUACCAUUUUAGUUUGGAACUGAGUGUGUGUGUAAGAAGGAAAAUACCUUCUUAAAUGUAUUCACUACAUCAUGUCACAACAGUGAUGUUUAAAUCAAAGUUUGGAUUUUUAAGGUCUGUUAUUGUACAAGAAAUACAUUAAUUUCAAGUAAAAGUAUG